ACUCAUAGUUUGCAAGUAAGGAACGCAUCUUUAGUUGUUUUUGUUUGUUUGGGUUUUUUGCAUUGUUCUCAUUUAGAGCCUACUCUCUUUUCUGGACGCUUAAAUGUUAAACCUCCCUCUCUCUCUCGCUCUUAUGCCAUGACAUCGCUGUUUACAAAUACAGGAAAUGAGACCGGCAAAGGCAAGACGGAGGUACAGUGUGUGUCGUCUCCAUUUCCCCUAUUAGGAGGACAACACUCAAGAUGACAAGUUACAAAAAUUGCGUUUGUAUCAGACUGACACCGUCUGCAUCGUUUGGCGGACGGACAUGUUCCAGAAAAGGGAAACAGCUGUAACAUCAUCCAUUCUUUACAUACCGACAUCUGCCUGGCUUUUCUGAUCACUCUCCACUGAAUAAAAGUGACACGACGAGAAAAUUAUCAAACAACUAUCUGGGAUAUUAAGCAGUUCGGCUUUGAAUAUCAUUUAAAAAAAGUAAAUAUUUAAAGUUAACGAAUAGCUUCUCUCAUUUUUGACUGGAUAGAGAACAGGGAAAAUGUCAAGAUGACAUCGCAUUGGAUUAUAAUUUAGGGAAUAAAAUGCAGUAUUUUAUGUAGCAGUCAUUUUUUUUUUACCAAUAGCAGUUUGCUACACGAUGUCAGUGUGUUGAGACUUACACUUUUUAAUAGAAUUAUAUAGGGGCGUAAUAUAGUGACACUGCGACACACCUAAGCUUAAAGGAAUAGGUUGAUGUGCAGUGAUUAAGACUAUGUAUAUACACAUAUAUAUAUGUUUAUAAACAUUUAUUAUUAGUUUCUUCAGGCCAUGUCAGACACAGUUGAUAAUAAGGAGGUUUGUGAAGGGGGAGACAGAAGCACGUCUAAAAUUCACGGAGGUGAGAAGAAAGUCCAAGCUGAAGGGGUCGUGGAUAUGCAAGAGUCUCCCAAAAGGCCUUCACAAGAGAGGACUGCUCAUGCCGAGGAGGAUAGCAGUGCUCUACCAUACCAGCAAAUUCUCAUGAGUUCAGCCUCCUCUGACAACAGUGAAGUCAGCACAGUCUGUUCAAGCCCUGUGACCAGCAGAAGCUUGUCUGAGAGAGAUGGUUCUGAGGUCACUAAUAGCUCAUCCUUAGUGAGCAGCCUGCCAGAGGAGACACCGUCUGUCUCCACUAUGAAUGCCUCUAAAGGGAAUGGCGUGUCCGUGGAUGAGUGUUUGACUUCCACAGUAGACUGCGAGCAUCGGUCAGACCGGACUCCGUCUCAAGGUGUUGAUGCUCUGAGUACCCAGGUCGCCCAGGCCACGGCGCAAGGGCCAGCCAUGCCGUCUUUCUACCUGGUCAAGUGGAUCACUUGGAAGGAAACAAAGACUCCCAUUAUCACGCAGAGUGAAAAUGGCCCUUGCCCCCUUCUGGCCAUCAUGAACAUCCUGUUCCUACGGUGGAAGGCCAAGUUACCUGCUCAGACAGAGGUUGUUACUAUAGAGGAGCUAAUGGCUCACCUGGGUGAGUGUGUAUUAUCCAUAAAACCAAGAGAGAAAGCAGAGGGCAUGGAACUAAAUUUUCAGCAGAAUAUGAAUGAUGCCAUGGCUGUUCUGCCCAAGCUGUCCACAGGCCUGGAUGUCAACAUUCACUUUACAGGCGUCACAGACUUUGAGUACACCCCUGAGUGCAUCGUCUUUGACCUGCUUGACAUUCCACUCUACCACGGCUGGUUGGUGGACCCACAGAGUCCAGAGGUGGUUUCAGCGGUGGGAAAGCUCAGCUACAACCAGCUGGUGGAGAAGAUCAUAGAGUACAAGCACUCGGAAGACAGCAGUCAAGUCAGUGAAGGUUUGGUGGCGGAGCAGUUCCUGGAGUCCACAGCCACGCAGCUGUCCUAUCACGGCCUGUGUGAACUCAACACCACGGCGAGGGAGGGCGAGCUGAGUGUCUUCUUCAGGAACAAUCACUUCAGUACCAUGAUCAAGCACAAGGGUCAUCUGUAUCUGCUGGUGACAGACCAGGGCUUCCUGAAUGAGGACAGUGUGGUGUGGGAGAGUCUCCACAACGUGGAGGGUGACUGCAACUUCUGUGACUCAGAGUUCCGCUUGUGCAACCCAGCUCAGAAGAGCUCCUCAAGCAGCCAGCCCCCUCCUCAGCAGCAGCAGCUACAGAUCAACCAGGACUACUUGGUGGCCAUAUCUUUGCAGCAGGAGCAGGGUGAGGCUCCGGGGCCUUUGAGUGAUCUGGAGUUGGCCAGACAGCUUCAGCAGGAAGAGUAUCAGCAGCCCCAGCAGCCCCAUGCAUCUCCUGCACAGAUGAGAAGGCAGACGGGGCGAAAGCGGCAUGGCGAGAAGAAGGACGAGAGUGACUGUUCUAUUCUGUAAAGCAGGGCCUCCAAACAUCUCUCUCUCGCUCUCUCUCGCCCAACAACUAAAGCUAUCAUUCAUAUGCAAUUUCCACUGAAACACAAAGACCCCACUCGCACUAACCUGACCCUGCCACACUCCCAUGCCAAGCUGCCUUACCCACAACGCAUCCUUGUUUUUUUUCUUCUUCACCCAUCACAUGUGGCUGAUAAGCCUGCUCCCUUAUGUCUGUAGCCAACUUAAGAGGCUUUGUCCAUUAACCAAAACCCAAAGUUUAACUCAACUAUAUAUUUCUAUUUGUGUUUUAUAAUGAAUAUCAAGAGAACUGAAUGUGUCCAAAACACAGAUGAUAUAUUAAUGUCUCUGAAAAUUCUGAGCUUAUAGUGGAGAUGGGGAGUGCAUUGAGUGGACGAGCUGUUGGAUAAAGAGCAUGGUAUUCAGUGGGAGGGUGAAAUAAGGUUUGUGUCUGUCUGUGUGUCUGUGAAGACUGGGUUACCUGUACUAGCGUCUUUUAUUCCUCUCCCCCUGCCCCCACUUACAUUUUUAAAGCCAAUACAUUCAGGUUCCUUGACUGCCAUUGUAAUCCAAACAGACAUAACCCAGUACAGGUUAGGUGUCUGCACAUGUUUCCUGCAUGACAAACAAGUAUAACAAUAGAUUUGCCAAAAUGUUAGUUGUUGCACUUGACAGUGUGGUUAAUGUUUGGCAUAAGCAAACUUGAUCGGAUAGAAUAAAAAAUGUGUAUAUAUAAGUGGAAGCUACCUUUAUAAAUGAAAGGUGGUCAGACCUACAGUUCAUUGUGUGAUGCCAGCCAGGACCAUGAUAAGGAUGACGGCGUCAGGGUGAGGGCCUAUAUUCAAAGUGUUCCAAAAUUUGAGUUACUUUUUGAAAUUUAAUUAUUUGAAUCAGUAACAUUCCUAGAUUAUAAGUCUUAACAUAGAAAUGUAUACUGGUCUAAUUAAAUACCCAGUGAUUUGGCUGUGCUCUCAGUCCAGCAUAAAAUCUACAUGCAACAUACUACAUUUGGAAUUAUUUGUGCUUGUAAUAUGAAUAUUAUUGUGAUUUAAAUCUGAAAAGUAAUUGUAUGUUAAUUAUAACAAAAGUCACUAUGUACUAAAAGGAUUUGAUGUUAGAGACAUUUUUCAUAAUACAGCCAGUCUGUGAAAUCUGCCUUGGUAUGAACCAGUGUGAACCAUGUGACUGAUUAUUUAGAUCUAGUGAAGGGCUCUCUGUGACACUUGAUGUCUUAAUCACUUUAUGCUUUUAUUUAUCGACUUCUCAGUAAAUUAUAUUGAAAUACUGCUGCAUACACUUUGUCUUUAUUGGUCUAAUUAUAUAACUCAUCUUAAGAUUACAAAUAGUCCUGUGCUGGGAUUACACUCAUGUUAGAAUUUUUCUUGGGUAAACCAAUACUUUAAUUAGGCUUAAUUUCAUGGGUUGUGCAUAGUGUACCACAGAGCUACAGUCAUAGCCACUUUGGGAUUGGCAGAACUGUAUCCAGAUGUUUCAUGCAGAUGUAGGUCUUGAAUUCAGGCUAGUUGGGGAUACAUUUCUAUGCUGAAUAAUGAUGAACACUGUACUUGAGAACAAAAAUAAAACACAAGAUUUUAA